AAUACCACCUGGUUACCGAGUUGGAAUGGCGGCGACAGCUGAUGGAGCUCCUUGUUGCAUCUAGCUGCAGAGCAGAAAUAGUUACAAACUCUAUUGCAUUUCAAUUAAUUUGUUUUUUUUUUGGGUCCAACCUAAUCGACACUUGCAGAUAAGUAAGAGCAGGCAGAAAAAAAGGGAAAGAAGCAAGAGACGAUGUGGAUUGAUUGGUUACAUGUUGGCGCUGGAGCUGUUGACUGGAGGCGGCGGGGGUGGCGAGGAGCUUGUAGGAGGAGGUCUCCGUGUCGUGCAAGGCGGACGUGCGUGGCAGAAGAAGACUGUCAACGGGGGCGAAAAAGCUCCGCUUGCUGCUCCCUUUGAGCAGCAGGGCCUUGGAUAUCUCGUUGGCGGACACGCUCCAGGACCUGGACAGGUACUCCAUGGGCUCCAUGGGGGUUUGCGGUGGAGGCACCGCCGCUGACGACGCAGGCAUCUGGUCAUCCAUGCCGUGACGGGCGAGAAGAAGAGCAGGAGGCAUGCCCAGCCGUCUCUUGCAAACUCUGUCCAUGUCCAUGGCCAAGGGCGACCAAGCAGCAGCAGAGUGUGAAUGUCCUUGCUGGGCACCAGCGCGGUAGGCUAGCCAGGGUUAUAUGGAAGGAGAGGAGGGAGAGGGAGCGGAGGAGCAGAGCACAGGGUCAGCAGCAAGGUUAGUGUGCUAGCUACAAUGUAUGGUGAUGCCGUGAUGGUGAUGGUGAUGCAUGCGCGUGAAGGCAGGGGGACAGCUCCCAGGUAAUCUUUGCUGCCCUGUCUCCCUAAUGACAGUUAGGUGGCGCAGAGAGUUGUUAACCAGUCAUGCGUGCAUUUGGGUCCCGCCCCGUCCCAGUAUAAUGGAAUGGAAUGGAAGGCUCCUCAUCUUGUGUCUGCUCCGGUCAACCUCGUCACUACCCAUUUAGUGCCUUUUCUUCUGCUAUAAUACUAAGAGGGAGGAGGAGAAUCAGGUGGUGAUAAGACUAGGUUGUCGUUUGCAGCAAUACUUUUGUGUUAAGAGAGAAGAUGCAUGCCAUGCCAUGCCAUGAUGAAGACGGAGGGUAGGAGGUAGGUGGUGGUCCUCGCAUUGCAUUGCCUUUUCUACUGCCGCUGCACGGAGCUCAAUUGGUUUGGUUGGUCUUAUCAUUUGAUUUGAUUUCAAAAGAUGAAGCAUUCUUUUCGGACAAGGGUCGAUGGAAGGGCGGCAACUCUCCCUGCCCCUGGGGGUCAUAAGAAAGUUUCCCCAGAGAAAAUGGGGGGAAGGACUCUACCUACUAAUGGUGAGACUAGGCUCCUCCUCAGCUCAUGUAUCAAGCAACCACGAUCGACCUACAGAUAAUCAUGUCAUGCGUUUUCUUCAGAGGCACGAAAUACCCUAUCAGUACUUACCAACGACUUCUGCGAAUAAAAGAGAACAAGAGAUAUUAGAACCGAUUGAAGGUACAGAUUUCGUUGUGCUGGCGAGAUAUAUGCAGGUAAUGUCUGACAACUUUCUUCAAUCAUACGGGAAAGAUAUUAUUAAUAUUCACAUUUGUAACAGGCCUUCUAGCCAUUUUGUUACUCCAGAACUUGAUGCUGGGCCAAUCAUUGAGCAAAUGGUUGAACGAGUUUCUCACAGGGACACGUUACAUAGCUUUGUUGUGAAGUCUGAGAACCUUGAGAAGCAAUGCCUAGCAGAAGCUAUCAAGUCAUACUGCGAGCUCCGUGUGCUACCAUAUGAAGUGAUGAAGACCGUUUUGUGUUGAACCCUUUUUUUUUAUUAAUUGUUACAAUGUGUAUUCUUUUUCCAAAACUAGCAGUACAUUAUUCGUUAAUUAAGUAAUAUACUCAUGUCGAGCCAUUAGGUGUAUCUUAACCUGGGUUGAAGUUAUGAGAAUAAUCAGGCAAUAUUA